GCGUUCAAAGCGCAUAUCUAGUUCUUAUUGCUCGAACAUAAGUAUUGUCCGGAGAGGUUAAGACUUGCUUCUGACCUUUAUAUAUCAAUUGCAGAAAGGAAGCUCAACAACGGCUCAAGGAGAUGGGUUCUACAAGCACCACUGUAAUCAUCGAGGCCCCGGAAGAAGGAACUGAAGAAGCGCUCAAACAAGAUGGGUCUCUAGAUGAAGCUGGAAAACUGCACAAGGAGUUGGCAGAAAAAAAAUUUCUGCGCCCAGGGAAAGGAACUGAACAAGUAGAGCUCCCACAAAACAAAAAAAAUGAGGCCGCAAAUACCAAUGAAACCAACGCUCAGCCCGCGAGCAUUUGUGGGAAUCAAGUUAACGCCUCAGGUGGCCACCAUGUUGGGGUUAUCGACUGCAACAACCGUGUUCAAGGGACAGGCUGCAACAUUGAAGACAAUAAGAUUGAUUCAAAAGACAGCGAGUUUGUUGGGGUUAUCAAUUGUGGCAACGAUCCCAAAAAGCCAAAUUAAUUUCAACAGUUCUCAUCUGUCCUUUGUGUGCUUGGUGUUGCUCUGCUUCGCUAUAAAAAUAAAUUGUGGUUGUGUUGACGUGUAUUGUUAUUUGCUUGUUUUGGUUGGGUGGAGUGUCUCUUGCUAUGAAUGACGUAUAUUUUUAUUUUACUUUUUGGUUUGUAAAAUAAGUUCCUCUACAGGAACGACAACAUUUCGUAUUGCUUUUUUUGGAGGAUUGAUGAGUUUUUAUGGUUGUCAAAGUUUGAAUU